AUGCUCAAAGAAGGUGAAGCUCGGGAUAUCCUUUGCGAUGCACCCGUUCAGUGCUUUGCUGUCACCACCGAUUACGUGGUUUGGGUGGAUUGCGGCACCAAUUGCCUGUAUAUUUGGACUCGCAGCAGCGGGCAGGAUAUCCAGAUGCUCACUGAACUCGAGCCUUGGUUUAAACCUUGCCGAAUGAUGGCUUCGGAAGACGGCUGUUUGGUGUGCUAUAACGAGGUUGGUCACGUGAACUUUUACACGAUUGACAUCCUGCAAGAUGUGCCGCAAGCAGAUCUACAAGGCAAGAGUUGGGAACCGGUGGAUAGCAGCCACAAAGCUUUCGAUGAACCGCCUCCGUUAUCCCAUCACAAUGGAGUGAUUAGUCGAGAAGAGUGUAGUAUUCUACAGCGAUGGUCACUGCGGCUGUCUGCCUCUGAAGCCCUAUCGCAUGUUGACAUCGCCCCGGACGGCUUGCUCACCGCACUCUCCACUUCAAGGCAUCUUUUACUUGUUUUGCGAUCACCCGAGGGCGAUACCGGGGGUUCUUUUCCAUGUUUAGGUGCUGAUGGCCUUGUUUCAAUAGAAGGUGAGGUCGCUAACUACUCAUUUUUAUCAUCGCAUGCGUUGUUUAAUCGGGAAAUUAGACGUGUUCCUGGGGAGGGGGGAUGCACGCGGACCUGCUUCCUAUCUUCGGAUCGUAUUUGCAUUCUAUACGCGGACAAUCAGCUGAUUUCGGUUAAAAUUCAUUUAGAUGAUGACUUGCACCUCACAACUAGUUUUCUACAAGAUGGUCAUAUUAUCACAAACAAACACACUGUCGUCGCCAUGGCUGCAGGGUGUGUCCAGGAGUCUUUGCUCGUGUUAGGGCUUUCGAACGGGUCAGUCCACGUGUUGCAUGCGGAACGCCUGGAGGUGUUCAAGGUAUUGGACACUCAAACAAUGCUCGCAGGUUACUUCUACCGGUCUCUUUCGAAUGUGUACUCUAGUAAGCACAUGAGGACUCAAUCAAGGCGAUCGGAUCCACCCUCUUGCACCCCUACUGCCGCCGUUGGCAAGGGGCAAGAGGCGCGUGAGCAUGCCGCUGCCCUCGCGCGAUCCUACGCCUCUGCGAUUUUAGAUAUUACAGUGGGUAAUUGGAUAACGAUUGCAACACCGCGCAGUGUACUGUACGUUGAUCGGCACACAUUUUUGCUGAGCGAAGAGGGGGUACAGUCCGUCACUGGGGCUGAUCUAUGUGACCCGUUUAGUCUUGGGCUUGACGAUUCGGGUACCGAAGGUAGUUCGAGAAUUGAAAUACAUUGUGCACCAAACGGCAGCUGGAGUGCCUGGUUUAUGGAGGGCUUAACUCUCCGAUAUUUUAGUUGUAAUGGGUUAUCUUUUCAGCCUUCCCUGCUACAAUGGGUGCCAUGGGGAUACGCGCAGGACGCUCAAGGAGGCGAGAUGAACGUGGUGCACGCCAAGGGGCCGCUGCCUCGAACCUGGCUAAGCCCUCCGGUUGGGCCUGAAGUGCCGUGCGCCUCACUCAGGGCAGUGAAAAGCAGCAACUACACAGAAGCACCAUGGUCAGUUCAGCAGGAACGCAAGCGGAAGCUCAAGGCGAGGGCUGAACCCAGAACCGGGGGCUUUCCUUCUGCUGCGCUGGAGCCCCUCAUGUACAAGCCACGUUCGCCAUAUGAGGCGCACCCCUUUGUCGCCGCAAACACCGCUAAUCGUGUGGUCGCCACACACGCUCAUGUGCAUCAAGCGGUGGUGCGGUCGAACUGUUUUACUGCAAAUGGAAGUGGGUUGAUUACCACAAGCGGGGACCGGUCGGCGUACUAUCUCAAGCUACCACUAAGCCGGCACCAGGGCGAUGGGACAUUCCUGCGUGCACACACCGCGGCCGUCCUUUCCUCUAGUGUCAAUAUGUCUCUGAAAACGCCCUUGGUUGCAACUGGCGGUGCGGAUGGCAUUAUUCAUGUUUGGAAGCCCACCGCGUGCGAUGGGCCGUUGCUUGCAUACACAUUACCCAAGAGAAACGAGGACGUGGGCAACGGGGCCGGCGAAAUCCGCGCGGUGCGGUUUUAUUACAUGGACAAGUUCUUGUGUUAUACCAACCAAAAUUUGAUGAUGUUGUCGCAGCACACGCUCGGCAAGGACCAAGUGGUAAAAUCUCCAUGGCCAACCCCGACAUUAAGCAAGGGGCAUCCAGGUAAGAUGCGGGGCUGCAACGUCAGCAACGGCGCCCAGAGGACCCCCCCGCGUAUUUUUGAUCCCAUCUUUACAUACGCCAUUAAAGAGGCCCAAUACAUCACAGCCAUGGAUUGUAUUAAUCACUUCGUCAGUACGUUGGUGGUGUUGGCGAGCUCGAACAAGCAGAUUUGUGUGCUAGACCUCACUGCGGGGGCCCCACUGCGUGUGAUGAAUGAUGCCCACAGCAGGCAAAUUCAUCACGUUGCGAUGUGCUCGGGAAGUCGUUUUGCCGGCAACGCCUGCUCUCUAAGCGCACAGCAUCUCUUUGCGACUUCAGGGUUGGACGGUGCCGUGUAUGUGUGGGAUCUGCGCCAAUCGCGACCGGUGCGGCAGUUCGCGUUGCACAAGAACCAAGCGCUGCCGACCCUGGGCCUGGCGUUUUCGCCAGAUGGGAGUAUGCUGGGGGUAGGUAGUGAAAACGAUGCGGUGUAUGUUUACGACGUUGGGAUGGGUGGAGGAGCCGUUCCCUUGGAUAAGCUAUCUUGCCCCAAUGUUCCCACUGCAAUCGCGUGGCACCCUGUCGAACCUUUAAUGGCGGUCGGCUUGGCUACUGGACAAACUACGUUUUUUAUCCAACGCUAA